GAACUAUGUUACACGUCUUUCAACUAUAUUACAUGUCUUUCAAUUUCAGAAUAUUAAUUCUGUAUUUCCAAAAUUGAGAAGUAAAUGUUCUACCUCUCCGAAUUCCAAGGGCAAUUUUGAUAAUUUACUCUAUUCUGAUCCGCAAUAACAAGAGUGAGUGAUGAAUUCAACAGAACACAGUUCAGAAAUUAUGGACAAAGAUCUUCAUGUUACAUUUGUUGAAAUGAUGUAUCACUUGCUUCCAAAUCCCUAUGAAUCCCAAGAAAUCAACCACCUCACUCUCGCUUACUUCGUUAUUUCUUCCCUUGACAUCCUCAACUCUCUCCCUUCAGUUGAUGAGAAGGAAGCUAUUGCUAAUUGGGUUUUGUCUUUCCAAAUUCGGCCUGGAAAUGCAGCUGAUUCUGAUGAUGGACAAUUCUAUGGGUUUCAUGGUUCCAGAAAUUCACAGUUUCCUCCCGAUGAAAACGGGGUUUUUCGCCAUAACAACAGUCACUUGGCAAGUACUUAUUGUGCCCUAUCCAUAUUGAAAAUUGUUGGUUAUGAUCUGUCAAGUCUUGAUUCUGAAUUGAUUUCGGCUUCGAUGAAGAAUCUUCAACAGCCCGAUGGAAGUUUCAUGCCUAUUCAUACCGGUGGUGAAACAGAUCUUAGAUUUGUAUAUUGUGCAGCUGCCAUUUGUUUCAUGCUUGAUAACUGGAGUGGCAUGGACAAGGAAAAAGUCAAGGAUUACAUAUUACAUUGCCAGUGUUAUGAUGGUGGGUUUGGAUUAGUUCCUGGUGCAGAGUCUCAUGGUGGUGCAACUUAUUGUGCUAUCGCAUCUCUCCGGUUAAUGGGAUUCAUUGAAGACAAUGCUCUCUCAAGUUGUAAUUUGUCUUCUUUGAUAGAUUUGCCAUUGUUGUUGGACUGGAUCUUGCAGAGGCAAGGAACUGAUGGUGGAUUUCAAGGUAGACCUAAUAAAUCUAGUGAUACGUGUUAUGCAUUUUGGAUCGGAGCCGUUUUAAGAAUUCUAGGUGGCUGCAACUUUGUUGAUGAUAAAGCUCUACGUCGAUUUUUGCUUUCCUGUCAAUAUAAGUAUGGUGGUUUCAGCAAAUUCCCAGGAGAGUUUCCAGAUCUGUACCACUCCUACUAUGGAUUUGCUGCUUUCAGCCUAUUGGAAGAAUCUGGCUUGAAGUCACUAUGUUCUGAACUAGGAAUUACUGAUAUAGCUGCAAUUGGAGUCUAACUUGGAGAUGUGUUGGUGUACAUGGUGGUAUAAUAUAGAUCUAUGAACCUAAACUUUCUUGCAAAUUGCAUGAAGCACUCACAACUAAUACACUAUAUGUUUUUUGGGGUUAAAAUUUAUGUGUAGAUGACAGCAUAACAGUAAUAACUUCGAAAUUUAUUAUCUUGAAUGGUCCCUAUGUCUGUGUCUACAUGGCGGUGCCAUAGGCCGCAAUGGCGUGUUUAUAUGGCGGAUUUUUAGCCUUUUGCGGUAUUUUGUCAUCCACGACAACAGUGAUUAGAAACAAAUUCUUUUAUAUA